CGGCGGCAGCGGUGGUGGCGGCGGCAGAGGAAGUUCCCGCUUUGCCUCCACCCCGGUAGCAGCUUGGCGGUCGGGGACAGCUUCCUCCGGACGCUCUGCGGGCUCUGCUGCCGCCGCACGUCUGUCACAGGACCAUGGGGUUGCCGAAGGGGCCGGAGGGCCAGGGUCUCCCGGAGGUAGAAACAAGAGAAGAUGAAGAACAAAAUGUCAAGCUAACUGAAAUUCUGGAGCUCUUGGUUGCAGCUGGGUAUUUCAGGGCAAGAAUUAAAGGCUUGUCACCUUUUGACAAGGUAGUAGGAGGAAUGACUUGGUGCAUCACCACUUGCAACUUUGACAUAGACGUUGAUUUGCUCUUUCAGGAAAACUCUACAAUAGGUCAAAAAAUAGCACUGUCAGAAAAAAUCGUCUCAGUCCUGCCAAGGAUGAAGUGUCCACACCAGCUGGAGCCCCACCAGAUCCAGGGCAUGGAUUUUAUUCACAUAUUUCCUGUUGUUCAGUGGCUGGUGAAGCGAGCUAUAGAAACAAAGGAAGAAAUGGGUGACUACAUCCGCUCCUACUCCAUUUCCCAGUUCCAAAAAACCUACAGUCUCCCCGAGGAUGACGACUUUGUAAAAAGAAAAGAAAAGGCCAUCAAGACAGUUGUUGACCUUUCAGAUGUUUACAAGCCCCGUCGGAAAUACAGACGCCAACAGGGAGCAGGAGAGCUGCUGGAUGAAGAAUCUCGAGUCCAUGCUACGCUUUUGGAAUAUGGCAGGGUAGCUGACUCCUUGACGAGAUAUGGAUUUAGCCGCCAGAGCAAAACAGAGAAGACCGAGGACAAGAAAACGACACUCCCUGCGGGGCUCUCGACUGCAGAAGGAGCCGAUGCUCAAGAAGAAGAUGAGCUUCAAGCUGCUGAAGAGCAGCGAAUUCAGUCACUGAUGACCAAGAUGACCGCCAUGGCGAAUGAAGAGAGCCGUCUCACCGCGAGCUCCGUGGGCCAGAUCGUGGGACUCUGCUCCGCAGAGAUCAAGCAGAUUGUGUCCGAGUACGCGGAGAAGCAGUCUGAGUUGUCAGCAGAAGAAAGUCCAGAAAAAUUAGGAACCUCCCAGCUACAUCGUCGGAAAGUCAUUUCCUUGAAUAAGCAGAUUCUGCAGAAGACCAAACAUCUGGAAGAGCUGCAGGCAAGUCACACCAGCCUACAAGCCAGAUAUGAUGAAACCAAGAAAACUCUGACAGAGUUGAAGAGCUACAGUGAGAGACUGGACAAGGAGCAAGCAGCCCUGGAGAAGAUAGAAUCCAAAGCUGAUCCAAACAUCCUGCAGAACCUGAGAGCACUUGUAGCCAUGAAUGAAAACCUGAAAAGUCAGGAACAGGAGUUUAAAGCACAUUGUCGAGAGGAGAUGACGCGGCUGCAGCAGGAAAUCGAAAACCUGAAAGCCGAGAGAGUGCCAGCUGGAGAUGAAAAGACCCUGUCUUCUGGAGAUUCACAUGGUGCCCUAACCCCUGUGAUGACUCAUAAUGAAGACCUAGACAAACGGUAUAAUAUGGAGAAAGAGAAACUUUACAAGAUCCGUUUACUACAGGCUCGAAGAAAUCGAGAAAUAGCGAUUUUGCAUCGCAAGAUUGAUGAAGUUCCCAGCCGAGCCGAGCUAAUACAGUAUCAGAAGAGAUUUAUUGAACUCUACCGCCAGAUUUCGGCUGUGCACAAAGAAACCAAGCAGUUCUUCACUUUAUAUAACACCCUGGAUGAUAAAAAGGUUUAUUUGGAAAAAGAGAUUAGCCUGCUGAACUCAAUUCAUGAGAACUUUUCCCAAGCCAUGGCCUCCCCUGCUACCCGGGACCAGUUUUUACGUCAGAUGGAACAGAUCGUAGAAGGAAUUAAGCAAAGUAGAAUGAAGAUGGAAAAGAAGAAGCAAGAGAACAAAAUGAGAAGAGACCAGUUGAAUGACCAAUACUUGGAACUGUUAGAAAAACAAAGGCUGUACUUCAAGACUGUGAAAGAGUUCAAGGAGGAGGGCCGCAAGAAUGAGGUGCUGCUGUCCAAGGUGAAAGCCAAGGCCUCCUGAAAACUCCCAGACGUCAUCGUAUGUCAUUGUUUUUUGUUUUUUGGGGUUUUUUUAAUGCCAUAUCGACUACAGGCUGGUGAAGUGGUUCCAAACACUACAGUAGAGAGAUGCACCUCAACACUCUGGGUACUUCCUUCCUCCCAUUUGCUUCCGUUUCAUCUCUCUGAUGCCGAUGGAAUCAGACAGUGUGCACCUGACGGCUUGGAUAAUGCCCGUCGUCCUAUGAAGAAAUGUGGGCCGUAUUUGAUCUGUGUCGGUUCAACUUUUGUUUCUCCAGUAACAUUGCACAUAUGAAGGUACCUGUAUCUGUAUGGACUCUCUGAAUAAAAAGGAAUUCGUUUGUUCAGCAAAUGUUAAUUGAGCAAGCAGUGAGAAGUAAACCCUGAGGGAAACAGACGUGUAAAACACAGGCCCUGCAGCUCGGGCGCCAGCAAGGAGCCUGGGGAGCAAACGUAGCCCGCUGGACCCCAGAGCUUGGUCGGCUGAGAUUUUUUUUUUUUUUAGUAAACAAAGGCUUUUAGCUGAACGACCAGCCCAUGUGAGUGGUGGUCUUGUAGGCCCUUCACUUACCUGUGUGCCUUUUGUUCCUGCCGCCCCCCCCCCCAGAUGCCAGCCAGCGGUCGUAAUGGUGUAGCAACAAGAACGAGAGCUCAGUGGCCGCCGCUGCUUCUGUUCUUACACAGUACCCAAGUUUACUUCACCAAAAAUUGCCAACAGGGGCCUCACACUGAGGACACCUAAAUAAGCAUGACACCUUCAGACGCUGUUUCUCUCUUGAGUCACGGCCAGAUGUGGCUGGUCUUGUGCACCCCCCUCAUUAAGAGCACAUUCCGUGUGCGCCACAUCUGGGCAGAUCAUGGGCGGAUCACAGAGGUGAGACACAGACACACCAUUCACUGAGGUCCAGGGCAGCAUGUGAUAGAUCCCAGAGCGACUGGCCAUGAAGAGAAACCAGAGGGCGCUGGACGAGGCAGAGCAGUGAGGUGUGCAGAGAUCCGGGAGGCUUCGUGGAGGAGGCAGGACGUGGGCUAGGUCUGAACGGAGAGUUGCAUGUUAAUAGGCAGAGACAGGUGGGAAGGUCAAUUUGGAUAAAGUACAACUAUAGUUAAAAACACGAGAGGGCGCAGGGGGAGUACAAGUGUGUUUCUUGGGAAAGGAGUGGAUAGGCCCAUCUCUGCAGGAAAGGCAGGCUGGGAUCAGCUUUUGGGGGCCCUUGAAGGAGUGGUGGACUUGAUCCUCUGAAAACGAGCAGUCCAAACCAGACACGGAGCUCCGCCUGCCCUGGCUGCCCGGGCUCUGGCAGCUCAGUCGUGUUCAGUUAACCCCCGUGUGAGGUUUUCUUCAUUCCACAUAAACCUUGCACCCGUACUCAUCAGCAGGUUUGGACCAUGAAACGGAAAAGCUUACACGUGUCAGGCAGGUAGGGCAUUCGGGGCAGCCUCAGGAGCACCAUGUUUUAGUUCCCUAAUGUAUGCAUUCAGCAGAUGUGAUGUGGACAGCCUGAACGCUCUCGCGCUGGGUGAACAACACCCGUUGGUGUCUGCGCCAGGGCAGCGAGGCCUGUGUGAUGAGGCUGGAGCAACACUGUGUGAUCUGACGCUGCCCUGUGCCGAGUGUGCUCUUCCCAGGCCGUGUCUGUCUCCCUCCAGCUGCUCCCUCGGCCGCGGUUAUCUGCAGAUUGAUUUUUGCAAGGGCCCCGUGAAGCUGAAGCAAGUGACACAGCCAGAAAGCAGGUGGCUCUCUGAGGACAGGGGAGGGAGACGGCAGUUUGACUGCACAUUGUUUUAGGUUCAGGGAAACAUGCGUGUUUUCUUGUCGAGAAGCACGUAGACCCAUCCCUGACAACACAUGAGCAGUUAUGAUGUGUGCAAAGGUGAUGGGAGGAGGAGUGGGUGGUAUUCGGGGGUUCAGUCACCCACCUCUCUGCUGUCGGGGAACGUAUGGCACGACUAAUCCAAAGCAACUAAUAAUGCUUUUUAAAAGCGAGGGUGUGUAUUGGGCUAUGUUUCCAAAAAGUUUCAUUUGAUUGGGUUUUGGUAUGGGGGGUAUCAGAAGAUCUCUUUUCCCCUUUUAAUUCUACAAGACCUAAUACAGGUUAGUUCCUAUUCCUUGGACGCUUCUGGAGUUAGACCACAGGAUCCAGUCUCGAGAACUCCAUGUUUGCCACAGAUGACCCACAAAGUGCAAAUUGUCUUUGUGAGUAAUUAGGACACUUAAGCGUGCCUUACAGCCAGGCCUUACAGGUUCAAGUGAUGCCCGAGGCCCCCUUCAUUUCAGAAGCGACUCAGGGGAGUUCCUCCCAGGACAUCUUAUGUGCCCAGAGUAUGGCUGCGUAUUCAGCUAAGCCCACAGACUGUUCUGGAAUUUAAAAAAAAAAAAAAAAAAAAAGCAGCAGCAGGGACACAUCCUUAAGUUACUUUUAUGAAAUGAGGAAUGAGGUUUCCCCAGGAAGCAUUGAGUUGUCCCUGUUCGGCCAGAGCAGUGAGCUUGUUUGGCAGCCUUCCCAGGGCUGGCCGCCGGGUGCCCCGACCUUCUCCGCCAGCCUCUGGGUCAGGGGCUGCCCUCCCCCACGUGCAUCGCACGGAAUGCACAGGGCUGCCUUGGUUUAAACCCCAAGCAGAGCUGCUGAGCAGUCCAGACUGGAGGACCACAAGGCAUCAUAUCUCUUGUCCUUGGCCCGGAUUCGGUCUCAGGGGUCAACUAAUUACACUUAGAGGGAGGUGCCGAAUGUUAGAGAAUGCUGCCCAAACUCCACAGGAGGGUCUGUUUCCGUUUUGAACAGAGAGGGCAAAUUCUAAGUUAGGCCUAAGUCCUUGAUAGAGCCUCAGGUAUACGGUUGUAACUAGGUCCUGGUCCGUUGCCCAUGUCCUGCGGGUACCCAGGUCCUGCCACUGUCUCCGGAGUCUGGCAGCAGGCCCGGAAGGCAGAGGGGCUGGUACCGAGAGCAGGCCCCUCUCAGGCCGAGGAAGCGCUCUCUGACCAACGACGUAGCUCUUGAGACUUCCCGAAACCAGGAGCAGAGGAUAGGGAAGGCCUCAGGCAGCCCUCUACUACCUCACAAAGCACCGUCCCCACGACCUCAGGCUGAAUAUUGAUGGCCCCAACCACAUCUGCAGGGACCAAAGCAGACCUGCUGGAAAAGGCACUUUGGGCAGCAAGCAGUGGCCCGUAAACCUGUGCCGCCUCAAUUCCCAUCACCUGGGCAUGGCCUUGUCCUGCCCUCUGUGCAGGUGACUCACGAUCAGUGCACAAGGGAAGUAGACGUUCUAGCAGUAAGCUUUAACGGUUACUUUGACUGGGCCUGAGAGGCAGAGUUGGCUUGAAUAUGCUUUGAGGAAGAACAUUAAGGAAGCACUUUAUGAUUUACUUGUGGCCGGUGUUGGCUUCAAGGCACAGCAGUACAGUGAAGAACCCCGGCAGGGUGAGGUGCCUGUCGUCUGUCCGUGUGGCUGGGUACGAGUUGGGGGUACCCUAUGUGAAGUGUCUUCAGAGCCCCCCAGGCCUUGCCUUAGUCCUUUUCCCCAAGUCCAGAGCAUUUCUUCUAAAGCACAUGGCGGCAGGCCAAAAACACUGUGUACAAAAUCAUGUUGUCACGGUCCCCAGUCUUCUCAUGAGAAAUGUGUAAAAGCAUUGGGGGGAUCUAGUAGCCGAUCUGUGGCUCAUUUGACAAUGUGAGGAAUACUCUGGGUUUUCCACAUCAGCCUUACGUCAGUUCCUCAAAGGCGCCAAGCUCACAACCUGCCCGUGGCUCUUGUCCUUGCUGUUGCCUCUGCCUGGACCGCCGUCCACCCAAGAUCGCGGGCAGUGGCUUUCCCUGACGGCCCCAUCCUCCGCAGACCCGCUCACUGUCGGCCUGCAGCCCUGACCACGUUCUGCCCUCUCCCCUGCCAUCUGUCUUGGUGGCACUGUUUGAUCUCUCAGUCCUUUGCCAAGUCUGUUGCCUUCCGCCCAGAGUGGAAAAGCAGUGAAAGCCGGGACCUUGGAGUCUCCCCAGAACCUGGCUUGGGCGAAUGGCCAGGAAAUCCUGGUCGGAUAAAAGAGCUUCUCUAACUUGUGACUUUGCAUCCCUGUAUUAGCAGAGUUCAGACGGAAACUUCAUCUGAUUUACGCUUAGUUUGAGUACAGGGAGACCAUUUGAUUCAGCACCUUGAGAGGAUCUCUCAGAGUGUGUUUGUCAUAGUCUAGCCUCGAAGCUGGGGAUGACAGGGGUGUCAGGGUUUCAAACCUUUCAGAGGAAUUGCCUUUCACAUGUUUUCUCCCCCCAUACGGUGGGAGGAAAGUAGAGGGAACAUAGUAAUUUGAGAGAUCAGAUCACGCGUAGGCUUGGCUCACGGUAUGUCAUGAACCUAAAGGUAACUUGACUGGUUGAAAUGACUCAGCCGCAUGAAGCCAACAAGUGGGGCACAGCGCUGGGAUGCCGUGUUGGCAGAAGUAGCAGCCGCACAGCGUCCGUGGAGGGCAGCUGACGGUAUCUAUGGCAAGUGCCAACGCACACACUCUUUGAGCCAGCGAUGCUGCUUCUAGGAGUGUUUCCUACGUACAAGGAUUUUCACCGCAGCAUUGUUUGGAAUAGCAAAGAGUCGGAAACUGCCACCAACAUAGGGCCAUGGUUAAAUAAAGUGUGAUGAAUCCACACAGUGGGGUGUUCGGUUUAUAAGAACAGAGUCGCUCUGUAUGCACUGCCAUGGGAUGAUCCCUAAGGUGCAUGGUCAAGUGGGGGAAAAGGGGCUCUUGGUGUGCUAGUGUUUGUUUUUGGAAGGAGGAAGAGGAUGGAGAAAAAUGUGUGUUGAUGGGUGUAUACGCGUGUGUGCGCGUGCACACAUGUAUCAUGCAUACCUGCUCGCCUAUGCCUCGAAUAUCUCUGGGAGGGUGCACGCGAACCUGUCAGCCUUGCUUGCCUCUGGGGAGAGGGGUGGGAAUGACUUUUCACUGUAUACCUUUUGUACCUUUGGAAUUUUAUACCAUGUACAUGUAUUAUCUAUCCAAAAAAAUAAAGUUUUUAAAUUUUAA